UCAAUCGGAAUGGAGGGAUGAGGAGAUCAAGAGACACAGGUUUAAGAGAUCUAAUAAGAGGCCAAAGUAGAGAAGCGCCCUGUGAAAUAAUGACAACUAUUUUCAAAUCGUAGAAAUUCCUAAGAAAGAUAAGAGAACCUCGCAAGAACGUAACGGCAAUCGGUCAACGGGCCCCAUUACGAAACCUUCAUAUCUUUCCGAUUAAAGGCCUUCGGAAAGGACAAUCUUUUUGACGAAAAUCUAAGAUGAAAAAAAAUCGACACCUCCGACACUGAAAUGCUGUACUGAAAGAUACCCAAAGAGAACCCAGUCUCGAAAAGUUCAAUAGAAUAAACGACCUAAACGUUUAUAACGUAAAAAAUACGAUUGACCAAUAUUCCCGGGUAAGUUGGAAUUAAAAGUUGGGCCGUUACAUCAAAGAAGAGCACUUUUCGGUUGGGGAAGGAAGACUUGAUCGAAAAUAAGGAAAAAACUGGCCCGAAAGAUACCAAAGAGGGGAAGUUUUCACCUCCGCUUCCCCUCGCGGGGGCCGAGGGAGGAAGCGGCGGGAUCGGCGGGCUGGCAGAAGCCGACGAUAACGAUAACGGGCCAGCCGGAGGAAGGACUUCGGGGUCGAAGUUCAGGACGAGCGGAGGCGUUUGCGUUUCGCGGCGCAUCACGCCACGCGCGUCUCUUGUCGGCACGGAUAAAGCUGACGAAAUCGUACCGAUCUCGCUCAGUCCUGUCAGUAUUGUCUCCGUGGACGCGUCGGUAGCUGCGGCAGGCCACGCCGGCGUGGCCCUAACCAAACUCGACCGAGGAAGACGCGAGUUUCGGCCGCGGAGCGCUGACGGCGCCACCGUCGGAAAUCUCACGGGAGGACACUCAAGGGGAGUCGAAAAAGAAGGAAGAGCGAAGUCGCGCCGAAAAAAUUGGGAAAAAAUCUAUUCCACUCGGGGGACCCGAGGGAAGCCGGAGAGUCGGUUGUUCUUCGGUAAGAAACGGCGAGGUCUCGAUAAGAAAUCGUUUUCCGGGCAGAGCCGCUGCAGGGAACCCGCGAGCUGGAGGUCGAGGUGUUCGGGGAAUCGUCACUUCUGAAGAGACCGGCUACACGACGCUUACUCCGGUGUACGUAUGGCAGUUGGACGUUACCAGCUGAUCGUAAUGCUCGCCCACAGCUGACGCCGGAGGAUCUUAUUUUCUUAUUCCAAGCACGCCAGUCAGGAUGAUUCGCAUAUUUGCCGACGCCUUCAAAAACCUCAUAACUUCCACGGCGGUGAUCCUGAAGGCCGAGUCGGAAAACAACCGCAUAUCGAGUCUUUCCGGGGACGAUCUCGGCGCGGGAGUGCGGAUAGGACGGGACGAGGACGCAGUCGCGGAUAGGACGGAUCUCGUUAUGGAUUCGGCGCAGCCAGCCAUGGUGAAGCAAGCCGACUACGUCGUAGACGUCGUUCUACCAACCGUCCUGAUCGCCUUGCUCUUCGUGGGCAAUGCAAUCAUCAUCUACAUUAUCUUCCAGUACAGGAAGAGAAAAAUCCCAGCAGCGACCGAGCGAGAGGAAGUGGCUUUAAGGCAACCGUCGAACGUUCCUCAAGUUUGACCGGGGCUCGAAGAAAAUUUAGAUUAGGUUUGCACGUAAAUUCGGAGACACAAAGAGUUCAUAACCGAGGCCUAAGUAGACCCUCGUGCGCAGUCGACAAUGGCCAGGAGUUCGGAAGGCCCGUUCCAAAAGGAAAGGGCCGAGAAGACAUCUCGUAGCUGAAACUGCCGAAAAUUGGCGAAAAUUGCUCGCCCGGGGAGAGAAUACACCAUCGACGUCCUCCUUUUCUUCGUUUUCCUCGAGACAGAUACCCUAUGGCGUGUCUGAAAACUAUCUCAUCUCAUAACACUGUAUCCUCUAUCUCUCCUUUGCAUUUUGCGAAGCGAUUCAUUGCCCAAGGCGAAGCGGAAGCGUCCACUUUGGGGCGCGCUCUUUCCUCGCAUAUUCCCAUCGCCAUCGACUCGAUCUUCAUGACGCAUCUCAAUCGUGUUAAUUAUAGUAUAGGGAGAUACAUAAAACUAUAAUUCGUCCAAAUUGUAAUUAAGUUAAAAUAAAGGAUGUUUUCAUAAGAA